AUGGAAGAUGAUGACAAAAUCAAUAAAUUGAUGGCAUCUCCGACAGUCAACGCUCUAUUAUUAGAUAACAGUGGCACAACAUCAAAUAAUAAUAAUAAUAAUAAUACAAAUACACUCACAACUACUACUACUACUACUACUAUUGUAGAUAAUGAAUAUCUUACAGUGCUACUUAACAAUAACAACAACAACAACAAUAAUAACAAUAAUGAUGAAGAUCUAAGUGACACAAGUUCAACAAGUAGUCUUGGAAGUAGUUAUUUAUCAAAUACAAAUAUAGUUAUAAGCACAAAUUCAUCUUUGCCAACUGUUACUACCACUGCCACCAUCGUAGAACAACAAAAAUCAAAAACACAACAACAACAAAGAGCAUCACCAACAUCAAUGUUAAAUAUCAGAGGUGGUGGUGGAGUAAAGGGCAGAGCAAAUCAUAUAGCCCACUCUCGUUCAGCAUCAUUUGAUGUAUCAUCAACAUCAUCGUCGUCGUCGUCAUCAGUCUCACCACCAAUAAGAACAGGAGGAGAACCACUAAAAGAAAGAAGCAAGUUGGAGAAAAUGGAGGCUGCUGUCAACGCUGGAAACUUGGUGUUCCUAAGUAAUUCACUCAAAGAGAAACCAAUCAUCCCUCUUACUCAAGAGUUGGCAAAGAAGAAUACAUUUCUUCAUAUUGCUUGUAAAUCACUCAAGAUAAAAACGGUAAUGUUUAUCUUGGAUAAGGCUCCAUCCCUCAUCAACGCUCAAAACAACAAGGGAAGGACACCCUUACAUGUUUCUUGUAACAAAGGUUUCUUACAUGCUGCCAAUACCCUAAUCAAUUUGGGUGCAAAUACUACACUCACUGAUUAUAAAAAAUGGACCGCACUUCAUCACCUUGCGUCACAUGAUCUUAUUAAAAGACAAAAAGAAAAACUGGCUUUACAACAACAACAACAACAACAACAACAACAACAACAACAACAACAACAACAACAACAACAACAAGCCAAUAAUAACCCAAUAGUUACUGCUUCUGCUUCUACUACUACUACUACUACAGUUAAUUUACCUAUAGUUCCACCAGUUGUCAAUGAUAUUACAAUAGGAUUUACCAAUGAAUUGAUAUUGGAAAUUUCAACCAAACUUUUAAUUGGAAAAGGAAAUUUAAUAGGUUUAAAGACAAUAGUAGGAAGAACAGCAUUACAUUUAGCCAUUUUAUCACAUAACCAUCAACUAUGUAAAUUAUUACUAAGUCAUUCGACACCCGAGAUUCUUGUUACCAAGGACGAUAGAGGAAAUACACCAUUACAUCUUUCAUGUUAUAUCAAUCGUAAUAAGAUGUCAUAUGAUAUUGCACAUACAAUCCUUUCAAUCUUGGCAGAGAAUCUAAAGGGUGAGACGCUUCAAGCAUUUAUUGACGACGCAAACAAUCUCAUGGCAUCUUCAUUGCAGAUUGCAAUGAAGGUUGAGAACACACAGCUAACAAGACUUGUGAUACAAUUUAGAUCUCUGUCAGAGGCUAAAAUUCUUGAAGAAUACUUUAUAAGUCUAAAUAGUGUCAAUCCAAACGACACUACCCGUCUUCCCUUGGAACAGUUACAAUACAACAACGCAAUGUUUAGAAAUUCAUCUUUUGGUGUGCUAUUUAGGAAAAUGGUCACAAUUCUAAAGGAACACUAUACCAUCAACAUGACGCACCAAAAUCCUCAUCUCCUUUUGCGUCGAGCAAAAGACACAAUAUCUAAAUUUUUUACAUGGUUGGAUCGAAACAUUCAUAAUUAUGACUAUAAUAGAUCAUAUAAAGAAAUGAUAUUUUCUCAGUCUUAUGAUACCAUUAUUCAUCUCUACCAUGAAACUAACAAAUCAAAGGAUAUAUUUUUUAGACAAAGAAUAUCAAUGUUUAAAGAUAUAACGCACGGAGAACUUGAUAUCACAGAAGAAAGUUGGAAAUUAAAUACUGAACAAUUUCCCAAAGCAUUAUCAUUAUUUAAAACUUUAUCAGACAAGAGGACACCAGCCGAAAAAAUAGAUACAUUAAAUGAAGCUACCAGUCAAAUACGUAGAAUGGAUGCCAAUGACCUUACUCCAAUGUUUAUGUUUUUGAUUAUCCAAGCUUCCAAUGGUUAUUUACAAUCGGAAUUUCAAUAUAUGGAUGAUUUCAAAGAUACACCAGAGCAAGAACAAUAUUUGUUGUUGCUUAGCGGAUCACUCGACUAUUUGGAAACGCUCAAUGUUACACUUCGAAAUAAUCUCAACCAAGUAAUGUCACUCUCUGGUAUUGUUGACAGAACUAUCGACAAUGCUCUCUCAUUGUGCGACGAGUUUCAAACAAAAUCGUCACCAAUUCCAACCUCUACCAACUCAUCAAUCCUUCAUAGUCCGUCAUCGAUUCUUCAAAGCUUCAACGAACAGUUCCAACUUGAUGAUAUGGAAGAUGGGUUCAAUAUUCAAGAUGAACUGGUCCUUUUGUUAAUGAUGUUGAGCAAGUUGGCCAACCGAUUAAAUGAUGACCCAAUCUAUCUUCCAAUGACUUGGUCAGAUAAAAUCAUAAAGGCAUAUCACUUUAAUGCAAUCAUAGAGCGUUUGGGAUUGAAAUUGGAUUUAUCGUUGGAAUCUUUAUUAACGAAUAAAGAUGAAAUAGCAACAACAACAACAGAAUCAUCAGAGCCUACCCAACAAUCCUUAAAUCAAAAAAAAGGAGAGAUUUUAAUUUUAUUUAGUCUGGCAUUAUUGGCUCAAACAAGACCAACACCAGUUCCUGGCACUUUUAAUGGACCACAGUAUGCUUGGGGUAUAAAUCAAGGAUACUAUGGCCUAGAUGCUGUUAAAAUGAAUCAAUUAUGUGGCAAGGUUGGUUUAAUGAGUAAUCGUCCUUCAUAUCCUCAAAGCUACUUUAAGAAAUGGGGAAUAGACAUAAAUUAUGGAAAUGGGGCUGUAGCAUCAAGUUUAGAGGCAGGAAUGACAAAUCUUACAGCUUUUCUCACAUUUGAUCAAAAUGAACCAAAGAUUGUGCCUUCCUCUAUCAAUUUGGAUAUUUGGUUGAAUGAUAACACUGUCAAUCCUCAAAAUGAAUGGGCUGUUUUUGUUUACAAUGUGGUUAAUGCUUACAAGAAUAUAACAAAGAUUUAUGAAGUUUAUAACGAGCCAGACUUUGUAGACAAUUGGGAAUAUGUAAAUACUUGGUGGAACAACCCUCCAACAGAUGCUCAAUUAUCAAGAUUUGAUGGAUCAAUUUACAAUUAUAUUAGAUUGCUCAGAAUCACUUGGGAAGUGGCCAAGUUUGUAGAUCCAUCUUGUUUUGUCACUGUCGGAGGAUUGGGAUAUCCUUCUUUUCUAGACGCAGUGUUUAGGUACACAGACCAACAGUCUGGUGGUUUAACGGGUAAUAAUUAUAUUGAUGCCAUUUCACUUCAUUUUUAUCCAUAUCUAGUCACCUCUAAAACAAACUCUGAUUCUUAUGUUCAAUCAUAUGUUGCUCAUAUUAAUUCGUUCAAGAAUAUUACAAACCAUUAUAAUUUCCAUAGUGAUAUGUGGGUAGUAUCAGAGACUGGAGUUUCAACCGAAUCUUUUGGAGAUUACUAUGGUUCUGAAAGAUUACAAAGAAAUUAUUUUAUGAAAUUGCCAACCUAUUCUAUCAUUUAUGGUAUAAGCCAAAAUCAUAUAUUUGUAUUGGGUGGCAGUGAUUUUGGGUUAUACAGUGAUAUUAAUUCAGACACUGAUCCAUCAACUGCUAAUCCAAAAGAUUCUGCCAAAUCCAUCCAAACUUGGAAACAGCAAAUGUCAAAUAGAAUACUAGAUAGUGUCCAAUCUAAUCAACUCCAAUCCCAAUUAACAUUGGGAACAGUAGGGCAUGCAUAUUCAACAAUUGGUAAUUCCAGUGACAUUGUUUAUGUAAUGUGGGCAAAUUCUUCAUCGUACCAAUACGAUCAAGAUACACCAGAGAUCAGUGUCACUCUUCCUGCAUUGGGAGAUUGGAUGUUUUAUGAUUAUAGUAACACCUACUUUAAGGUUGCUCGAUUCAAUAGUGACAACAAAACGGUUACCUUUACUUUGGACGGUGAUGUUGUUAUUGCCUUUGAUACCAAACAAAUUAAUAUUGAUGCUCCAACUGUAUCGAGCACUGUUGGCACAUUGUCAUUGAUAAUUUCACCCUUUAUCAUUUCUAUUCUAACAUUAUUCCACCUCUUUUGA